AGAAGUACUACCAAGUGUGUGAAAGAGGGAGAAGGACUGCCUAGUGUGUUAGUGAGAGAGAGAGAGAAUAACUACCAAGUGUGUUAGAGAGAGAGAGAGAGAGAGAGAGAGAGAGAAUAACUACCAAGUGUGUGUGUGAGAAAGAGAAGUGGGACAAGAAGAGGAGAAAGAGAGGGAGGGUUUGAACCGUUUUUUUAGAAGAUCUGUGAUCUUCUUGGCAGACCUGAAGGCUAGCUGUGUGAAGGGGGAAGGAGUGCAGGAGAGGAGGGCGGCAGGCUGACCACACUGGUCUACCUCUUCCUGAAAGCAACUCCGCUUAGAGAGACAGGAAGUAGAGACACAGAAAGAGGGGAGGGGGAAAGAAAGAGUCAGAGAGAGAGAGAAUACUUAUCCUGUCACCAAACUUUUUGAAAACUGCGGGACUAGAGUGUGAAAAAUAAAGAUAGAGAGGAACACAGUGUGAGAUAGAAAAGGGAGAUUGAGAACGGAUCCAAGGACAUGGAGGAGUUCUCAGGCUACCAUCAUGGAUUGUUCCAGUGGAGUUGUGUGUGACUGACAGAGGGGGUUGCUUUGAAGACGGACAUUAGGAAAGAGUUUGAGUCCGAACGACAGAAUGAUGAAAACAGCUGUUCUCUCUCAGGAGACCGCAUCUACUGGGGUGAAUGCUGAGCCAUGCUCCCCACCUAGACCCCCCCUCACCCCUACCUUAUCUUCAGGAUCAACAGUACUAUUCCCCCCUCCCAGACCUGCCCUCUCAUCGGGACCACCCCUGAUGGCUCCUACGACUCUCCCCUCCAAACCCUCCCCACCCCCUGACCCAACUGACCCAACUCCACCUGUCUACCUGGACUCCUCCCCCCUCCUCCCUUCACCCCUCAUACCCUCCUCACCCUCCUCACCCACACCGCCCCUCCAUUCAGCUUCUGAACCACUCCCUUCUCAAAUUGACUUGGCCGUUGAUGCCACUGACGCAACUGAUGUCCCCAAUGCCGCUGUCCCUAAGGAAUGUACUCCCCCCUUAUCCAGACCCCUAGUCCUUGAUGUCCCGGAUAUCUCUACUUCCACCCUUGUCACAUCACUACCCCCUCAAGUCUUAGAGACCUCAACUCCCCCACUCCCCACACCCCUGGUACUUGAUGUCCCAGAGACAUCUACUCCUCCCCUCCCCACACCAGUACCCCCUCAAGUCUCAGAGCCCUCUACACCCCACCUUCCUGACAUCCUGGAUGUCUCUGCUCCUCCCCUCCCCUUACAUAUGUCCUCUUCAGUCCCAGAGCUCUCCUCUUCAGAACUAACCCUACCAGCACCUUCAUCUCAGCCGGUCCCAAAGCCCUCAUCUAUGCUCAUCUCUGCUCCCACUGUAACUCCCAUCUCAAAACGCUCCUCACUUCCUAUCUCUUCUCCCCACGUACCUCCUAUAGCAAAACCCCCUCUGUCCACUCCCCCCAUUCAUCCUCUCUCAAAACCCUCCGUACCUCCAUCUCCCCGUGUUCCUCCUUUCUCAAAGAUCUCCUCACCCCCUCUUCCUAGACCCCCAGCACCUCGAAAACUCUCUGGUCCACCCCAGCCGAGACCCCCCAUACCUCACCCUCACUCGAAAGCCAAACCCUCCUCUCCAGCUCUCCCCAGACCCCCACUUCCAUCCAUGAAGUCCUCCUCUCCCCCUCUACCCUCCCCACUAGUCCCUCUAGCUCCCAAGCCCGCCCCAGCUUCGGCCUCAUCGACAGCCCCAUCUCCAACCCAAGCCACAGCCCCACAACCUAGCAUCAGUAUCCUGGAGAAACUGAUCAAAACUUGCCCGGUGUGGUUGCAGCUGGGUAUGGCCCAGGAGAGGACCACACUCAUGCUGAAGAAGGAAAUCCCUGGGAUAUUUUUAGUGCGUAAAAGCCACGACCAGAAAUCCAUGGUGCUGUCAGUAUGUGUAUCUGACAAGCAGGAGGAGCGUCAGGUCCAGGACAUUCUGAUUAAGGAGGAGAAGUCACUGAUGUACCUGGAAGGGUCUGUUCUGGUCUUUGACAACAUCUUCAAACUCAUGGCCUUUUACUGUGUCAGCCGGGAUAUUCUACCCUUCACCCUGAGGUUGCCUCAGGUCAUCGUCCAGGCAACCAAGUACGAAGAUAUAGAGAUGAUAUCGACAUUAGGCUCAGAUUUCUGGGGUUCUCAGCUUCACAGCUCCUCAGAAAUGGUCAAACGUGAUGACCAGGGUCAGGGCCACAGCAGUUCGUCCUGUGAGAUCCAGCUGUCCACUGGGAAUAGUAAUGACCGUCUGUGGUACAUCAACCCCAUCUUCAUCGAGGAGUACUGCAGCAGCCUGGAGGCCUCCACCCUCGUCCCAGCUCCCAUCCACAGGAGCCAGAGUCUGAACACCCCAGGCCCGGGGCAGGUGCAGGUACCCCCCAAGUUCAAACGCCCUCCACCCAGGCCCCCAAAUGUCCCAGAGGGCUUGAUUCUGUCACAGUUGGCUAAGCAGGGUGCCAGAGGGGAAAGUGUCUCCCUCAGGUCUCCACCCCCACCGCGAACAGUAACAGCCAAGGCAACAGGUCAGAAAGCGGAAGGAGACAGCAGCAAAGACGCUGAGGAGGGAGAGGGAGCUGCUUCUCAACUCAUCUCGGAGAAAGAGGUGUCAGUUACUGUUACUGACUCAGUAGCAACUACUCAGCCUCUACAGCCACUGUCACCUCACGGAGCAACAGCAGGACAGAAACACCCAGCACCCCGACCACCCCCACACAGGAUACCACUCGUACCCCUUCGGCGGAAACCCUCAGAGAACCGUCCCUCAAUCCCGGGACAGGAGGGCGGUGUUGGUCCAGUGCCUGUUGCUUCACUGGUCUGCAUCGAUGACACCACUAACAUGGCAGAGGUGAAGUUAGGAGUGGAAUCUCAUGCCGGUGAGACAGAGACACUGCAGAACAAAGGGACAUCAGGGGCUUCAAACAUUAGUGAGGUUGUUACCGUGGCUAUAGCCCCGCGGACGAAGAGGGCCUCACAUCCAGUUCCGCCUCCCAGGAAGAAGAAACCCUCUCAGUUCACGCCCACCACACCUCUCUCCCGAAACGUGAUAAGCGGAGGACUUCUGUCAAUCAAUUCAUCAUCGGAUACCCCCCAGAACUCCAGCACUCCCUCGCCUGCCUCGAGGCUCACCUCCAUCCCCGUGGGGGAGGCCAGGGGGACAGAUGUGUCCUUGUACUCCCCUGAUGGGGAAGCUGUCUUCCCUGCCCUGGAACAUGACUCCUACUCUACCAGCAGUACAGAGGAGGAGGCUGACACUGUGGCCAGCGGGGCUGUAGGGACCGGUGGGACCAACAACACCAAGGUGUCGAUGAAGAGGACGCCUACCAUCAUGCUGGACCGAGCCAAGCACCGCCUCUCCAGCGUGUUCACUAACUUCAUGAACACCGACCACAAGCUCCAGAAGAGAAUCCUAGAGCUGUUCAGGGACGGGAGCUCCUACUUUGGCACCCUGGUGAAGGACUACAGGGUGUAUAUCCUGGAGACCAUGGGGAAGCACAGCUCCAGCACUGAGCUGCUGCAGGAGAUCAGGCAGAUGAUGACCCAGCUGAAGAGUUACCUCAUCCAGAGCACUGAGCUACAGAAUCUACUGGAGCCCAACAUCUACACAGAGGACAAAUUGGAGGUGAUUAUUGAGGCUGCCCUGUGUAAGGCUAUGCUGAAGCCUCUGAGGGAGGCUGUGUAUUCAGGCCUGAAAGACAUCCACGACAGGGACGGCUGUCUGAAGAGACUGAGGGAGAACCAGAGUGUCGUCCUGGGUACCACCACCACAGAACUGGGGAUCACCACCAGCGUCCCAGAGACCCCUGUCAUGGAGAAGAUCCAGCUGAAGUUGAUGACCCUCCACCAGGAAUACUCCCCUCAGAAGAAGAUUGAUCUGCUCCUUAAGACCUGCAAGAUCAUCUAUGAAUCCAUGUCUAUAGGCUGUCCAUCAGGGAGAGCCCAUGGUGCAGAUGACUUCCUCCCGGUGCUGAUGUACGUCCUGGCCAGGAGCAACAUGGCCUUCCUGCUACUGGAUGUAGAGUAUAUGAUGGAGCUGAUGGACCCUGCACUGCAGCUAGGAGAGGGCUCCUACUACCUGACGACUACGUAUGGAGUGUUGGAGCACAUAAAGAACUAUGAGAAGCAGGUGGUGACACGGCAGCUCAGUCUGGAGAUCCAGAACUCUAUCCACCGCUGGGAGAAGAGACGCACCCUGAACAAAGCCAGUGGGUCACGUUCAUGUGUUCAGGACUUCAUCAACGUGUCAUUCCUGGAGGCGGGGUGCAACACUAAGACCCUGAGGGUCCUCCCCAACACCACAGCCCAGGACCUGUGUGCCCAGUGUGCUGACAAGUUUGAGGUGGCAGAGCCAGAGUCCUACAGCCUGAGUGUGCUGGUGGAGGGCCACCACCAACUCCUGGCCCCUGAGGAGUUCCCCCUCCCCAUCAAGUCCAGUCUCCACCACAGUCAGCCCCUCAAGGAGUACUGCUUUGUCUACCGGCCUGGAAGGACAGAGUCAGAAGGACAGGAGGCAGAAUCCCAGGAGCCAGAAUCCCAGGAGGCAGAAUCCCAGGAGGCAGAAUCCCAGGAGGCAGAAGGACAGGAGGCAGAAGGACAGGAGGCAGAAGGACAGGAGGCAGAAGGACAGAAGGUGGAGAGCAAGGAGCCAGCACCCGCAGCUGAGCCAGAGCCUGAGAAGGAGGAGAGUCUGAUCGAGAUAUGAUGAGAUCAGUGUGCCGGUGCGUGGGCGUGUGCGUGCGUACAUGCAUGUGUGGGACAAAGGAUCAAGGAGCUGCUCAAGUGAAUACAAUGGCUUCUGCUUCAAUCAUUAUAGCCAUUUUAAAUGAGAUAUUGUUUUUUGCCUUAUACACAACCAUAUAGACAAUGUUUAGGUCUGCCCUUGACAAUGUGGAUACAUUCUGAAAGAAGAGAACCUCCAUCAUCUCCUCUCCAUGAUCUUCAGGUCUAAAUAUCAAAUCACACAACAGGAGACUCAAGUUUACUUUAGCUUCCAUACAGAUGUGCUCUAUCUUAAUUUGAUCUGUGUCUCACAGCAAGACAAUAUUCAUGCAGCAACAGGAAAUGUGAAUUAUUAUGUGUAUUAUAAUUAAUGGAUAUUUUUGUAGAAAAGUGACACACUUUUCAUUAGGGAAAAUCAAGUCUAAAAUGUUUAGUGGAAAUUACAAACUUUAGAAGCCUUUGAAAAAAAUUGAAUACACUACUCAAAUUAAGAGAGUACAUCUGUAUGGCUUCUAUUGUAAGUCAUAUUGCUCAGUGAAGAAGACCUACCACCGUCAACUCAUGUCGGACUGGUUCAUUCUUCAGACUUUGAAUAUCAUACAGGGGAUCCACACAAGAUCACUUCAGCUUUUAUAUUACUUCUAUGAGAACUAGCGCUAUGAGUCCUGCUUCCUCUUUCUGCAAAGUUGGCCAAAGCUACAGAGAUAAAGAGGAUAUCGUCAUCCUCUAGUUUGAAAGGGCAUAAUAGGCUGUAUAAUUAAACUGUAAUGGAUCCGGAUAAGGAGUCUCUGCUUGCAUCCCAAAUGGCACAUUAUUCCCUAUGUAGUGCACUACUUUUGACCAGGACCCAUAGUCUGGUCAAAAGUAAUGCACUAUGUAGGGAAUAGGGUGUUAUUUGGGACACAGUUCAUGUAUCCUGUCCGGACGGUGUUCAUUUUCAUAUUUAACAGCUUUGCUUCUGCCACAGUUCAGAUUGACAAUCAGCUGUUCAUUGGUUUUGUUAAUCGAAUUUAGCAUGACAAUAUCCUUGCCAAUAAUUAUGUCACUGGGUUUAUAUGCUCAAGAAAGACUCUGCGACUCUCUGUACUGUAAAUCCAUCUUUGCUGUGCUGGUUUGUAUACUCUUGUAGCUGUGCUGCGGUCACAUUACAUUGGUGUCCUGUAAGAACCUUUGAAGUCUCAUUCUAGAGGGGUUCUGCUACAAUGCCAUUCAUUUUAAGUUUAAAUCCAAGUCUACCAGGCACUGAUGGUGUACAGCAAUAUUAUACUGUAAUUACAUUAUAUAGCAUUAUGGCUUUGAUACUUUUUUUCAGGUUGAUGAGUUGAUUGUUUUGUUUUUAAAAGGUGAAAUGUGAAAUGGAUUAUGUGGAUGUAUCAAGAGAUGAAACCCAGUAAAACAUUGUUUUUUUAAUCAUUUCAUGAAUUCCAAUAUUUCCCAUUUUAAAUAUUUGGGAGUAAAUAUAUUUCCUUUCUUUGUUAAAACCAUUGCCAGAACUUUAACAGAACUCUAAAAUCAAUUCAAUCUGCCUCAGUAGAUGAAAUAAUAUCCCAGUUGCUUUAACCAGCAGAAUAUCUAUUGUCAAAGUUAAUAUAUUGCCACAGCUGAAUUUCUAUAGUUCAAUGCUUCCCAUGUCUCACCCUUCUGGAUAUUGGGAUACAGUUCAUAGUGAGGUUAUGAAAUGUAUAGUAUAUGGCAAGUUAUGGCAAAAUUAACAAACUUGCAAAGAGGGAAAGACGUAGGAGGACCCAAGUUUAAAUUGUAUUUCCAGGCACUAGCAUUUUGCCCCAUCCUGUUUGUUUAGAAAUGAUUCUUCUGCCCCCUGGCUGAGUACAGAAAUACAUACUGCCCUGGAAGACCAAGUCUUCACUAAUAUAUCCCUUAAACCAGGGAUCAUCAACUAGACAUCUGGAUCUGGCUGAGUACAGAAAUACAUACUGCGAUGGAAGACCAAUUCUUCACUAAUAUAUCCCUUAAACCAGGGAUCAUCAACUAGACAUCUGGAUCUGGCUGAGUACAGAAAUACAUACUGCCCUGGAAGACCAAUUCUUCACUAAUAUAUCCCUUAAACCAGGGAUCAUCAACUAGACAUCUGGAUCUGGCUGAGUACAGAAAUACAUACUGCCCUGGAAGACCAAUUCUUCACUAAUAUAUCCCUUAAACCAGGGAUCAUCAACUAGACAUCUGGAUCUGGCUGAGUACAGAAAUACAUACUGCCCUGGAAGACCAAUUCUUCACUAAUAUAUCCCUUAAACCAGGGAUCAUCAACUAGAUUAAGCUGCGAAUGAGCGAUGGUCGGGGCCAGAACAUAAUUAAAAAUAAUUUGUACACUGCUAAUUGACUGCAAGAAGCCCUAACAUAUCUAAUAUUUGACUAAAACAUAAUAAUUUCAAACAUUACUUACAUUUGCAUUAGUGCUGAGCUAUUUAACCAAAAUUUCAAUUAUUUUACAGCUUUUGAACAACUAAUUGACCGACAUCGGUUCAAUUAUUUGAAUUUGUUUUUUGUUUUUCUUCUGUGAGCUCAAUGCACAGUUUCUCUAGAGAUAAAUCAGAUCCAGCCUGAACUCUGCGAUGUAGUAGGGAGUUGUAGUUUCCAACAGGCAAGUAUUGUCACAUCUUCUCCUGCUCCUCCCUUCUGGCAUACGAUGUCGCCGACCAACGGUCCUGGGAUUCAUCAUUACGCGCACCUAGCACUCAUCAUUACGCGCACCUGUUAAUCAUUAUGACUCACACCUGGACUUCAUUACCUUCAUAAUUUCCUCCCCUUUAUAUGUGACUCUCUUGUGUUCAUUCACCAGAUGGUAUUAUUCUUGUGUACCGGUGUGUAGCUACAUGGAAUUGUCUUGUUCAUGGUUUUGUUGUUUUAUUAAACGUUUCACCUGCACCUGC